AAAGCACCUACUUGUCAUUUGCAGAUAGUCACUCUCUCUCUCUCUCUCUCUCCUCCUCUCUCUAUUCUGCAACUUCAAACCCUAAAACGUAUUUCGAAAAUAGAAAGCCACAUACCGAAAGUACCAGCGGAUUCUUUGCAUUUUGUUUGUUGGAUAAAAUGGGAGUCUACAGAGGCCAAGUUCACCUACCAAGCUGUGGCCAUGGGCCGUGAACUGGUUCGCCUGCAUUGCUUGCAUUACUUAUGGGGAAGUCUGAGGAGGAGCAGUCGUUGCCGUCUAAUGAGGGGCGGGAUGAUUCCGUGGAACAGAAUGCGGAGGCGAGAUUUGGGUCUUGUAAGUAUUGGGGGUGUUGCAGUGGGGUCCAUAAGCUCAUUGGACUGAGAUGCUUGUUAGUGUUGCUAUUCUCUGUGGCGGUGUGUCUCUCUGCUUUGUUUUGGUUGCCACCGUUUAUACAGUCAGAUCAGCGGGAUCUGGAUCUUGAUGUGAAGUACAGAGAUCAUGAUAUAGUAGCAAGUUUCAAUGUUGAGAAGUCAGUUCAGCUUCUUGAAGACAAUAUCUUGCAGCUUCAGGAUGACAUUUUUGAUGAGAUAGGCGUUCCUACCACCAAAGUGGUUGUAUUAUCCUUGGAACCUUUAGCUGGAUUAAACACUACAAAGGUUGUGUUUGGGGUUGAUUCUGAAGUCAAAGAUUUGAUAAUAUCAUCCACUGCUGAAAGUUUGAUCAGGGCAUCUUUUUUAGCUUUGGUUGUGAACCAAUCAUCUCUACACUUGACGACGUCCCUGUUUGGGGAGCCUUACUUGUUUGAGGUGUUAAAAUUCCCUGGAGGAAUUACUGUGAUCCCUCCACAGAGGGCAUUUCUUCUGCAGAAAGUGCAAAUCCUAUUCAACUUCACCUUAAACUUUUCUAUAUAUCAAGUACAAGUGAACUUCAAUGAGCUGACAAGUCAGCUGAAGUCUGGACUACACCUAGCACCCUAUGAGAAUUUGUAUGUGAGGCUAUCAAAUUCCAGAGGUUCAACAGUGGCUCCUCCAACUACAGUUCAGUCAUCUGUUUUACUAGCGGUUGGAAAUACUCCCUCAAUGCCAAGGUUGAAACAGCUCGCUCAGACUAUCACGGGUUCUCAUUCAAGAAACCUUGGCCUUAAUAACACUGUAUUCGGUAGAGUAAAGCAAGUUCGACUUUCAUCUAUAAUGCAACACUCUCUCCACGGUGGAGACGGAAGCGGUACAUCAGUGUCACCUUCGCCUGCACCUCUUCCUUAUCCUCAUCCCCAUCCUCAUCACCACCACCACCAUCACCACCACCACCACCAUCAUCACCCCCAUGAGGUCCAACGAGCUCCUGCAGUUUCACCUGCACCUGCAACUGAGAAUACCGCACCUCCACCUCGGAAAGUUGCACCUGCUCCAGAGAAAAUCUCACCGACUCCACAGAAAAGUAAUGAGGCGAAGCCUCCUGGUUGUCGCAAUGGGAACCAAAGGAGGGUUCCCGGGAAAGCCAAAAGGCAGUCUCAUUUAACCCCUACCAUUGCACCGUAUAUUUCUCCUCACUACUCAGCUGCAGCACCGCAACCCCGUGUCAAUUCACCGGCACCUGCACCGGCACCUGUUUCUGGUUCAAUUCCUUCGUCCAGUCCUUUGCCAAAUGUUGCUUUUGCUCAUGUUCAGCCACCGUCGAGGAGUAAUCCUUAUGAAGGCUAUUCUGGCAUAAGGCCAUCAGCUUCGCCUUCACCAUUGCCGUCUUCCGCUUCCGCAGGUUUUCAUACCAUCGGAUGGGCAUUUUCACUCUUCCUAGCUCUUGUAUCACAUUUGUAACAACAAAGGAGAAACAAUCCAUUUGAGGUAAAAAUGACUUUUCUGGUUUUCAGCUGACUCAAUUGCCUAAGCAAUUGAAAUGAAUCAUGCGAAACCAGAGAAGUUUUGUAAGUGGGAGCAAUGCAAAGAGCUUGCCUCACAUGUGAGUGGAUAUACCUUGUUUUGUGCAUGUAAAAUGUAAAUAUCAAUUAAGAAAAGAAAAAAGAGUUUAAGCUAGCAGAUGCAUUUUCUGGUCACAUAAUUCAAUUGCCAUAGGAAGAUGAUAAUUGUGAGACAGCCAAAUAAAUAUGUUUCUUGUGGGGUUUGCAUUUAAA